GCCGUCCCCGGGGCCGCGUGUUCGAAAGGGCCGCCCCUCCGCCGUCCACGGGCCCCCUCCGAGACCGCCGCUCCCGUGAGUCGUGGCCCCUCCAGUCUCAAAGACAGGAGGCGCGAGACUUCGUGAGCACCCCUCCCCCAGAUUGCCAGGAGGGGCUGCCGUUGGCCGGGGAGGGAUGGCGAGGAAGGUUCUCGGCGGAAUAAAGAAUUAGUGGGCGGCUGGCAGCCCAGCCGCAGACAGUUGGCCACCUGCUGUUUUCCUUCUCCCUCCUUUUUUCUCUCCGAUUGGUGGAAGAUGCUUUUGUUUCUGAGCCAGCUUCGAUGGCUCUCUCCCCCUUGCUUCAGGAUCCUGGGUGGGCACGUUCAGGUCUCUAACAAAGUAAAGAGGGACACCCGCCACGUGUUGAAGGCGGGCCGGUGCUGGGGGUCGUGCCACUGGUCAAGGGCCCAGAAACUGCCUGGGUGAUGCCUAGAGGGGCGGGAGUGCUGUGCUGUCCACCCAGCACUUGAGUCCCUCGUGGGCCUUUGCCAGCCCCGCUUGGGAAGGAGUGAGGGAAGUGAGCAGGGAAGGAAUGGCAGCUCGUCCGGUACCCGCUCAGGUUCUGGGUUCCAAAAAGAGCAAGGACCCUGUGACUUCCAGCAUUGACCUCGUGGAGCCACAAGCAGCGUCUCUUGGGGACAUGUCCACUGCUGCGGUCUGCGACGUGACUCUCUUUCUGACUGUUGAAAAAGCCUGAAUCUUUGCGGUUCUGUCCUGCUGGGUUAGUGAGGAGGUCUCAGUUUGGGAGCCACCUGCUUAGUUUAAUUCCAAGCAUGCUUGUGUGUCGGCUUUUCUUUUUAGGUGUGAAGGCCGAAGAAGCGGGUCUCUCUAGCUCUAGCCCUUUGUUAAUUUAACAGACACCCUCUGCGGCACCUGCUGGGUCCUGGCCAUUCAGUCAGAUGGGAGUGAGACCUUCCUCCCCUGGGUGACAGCAUCAGCUGGCACCCUGUUACUCCCGUAGUUACAGGUGGUGACCUACGCUGAGAAGUCCAGGGGUCUGUGAGGACCAGUAAUGGGGUGCUGGGUUGAGGCUGGGGCAGCUCAGCGAGGGCCUCCCUGAAGAGGUGACACGGAGCUGAGCACUGACAGUGGAGCUGGGAGGAGCUCUCCAGGCAGAGGGCAUCCUGUGCAGAGAACCUGGGAGGCUGAGCCGAGGUCAGCAGGGCCGGAACACCUUGAGAAUAACAUUGCUCUGCCUCUUUUCCCCACCUGUGUGUGGGCCUCUUUGGGCCUCGGCCAAAUGGGACCUUACUCUGAGGCCCUAGACCUGAGCUUGGGGUUCCGGCAGCGGGGAAAAGUUCCAAAUGGGCCGGACAGAUAACCCAGAGGUGGGCCUGAGGGGAGGAAGAAGGGGUAGGGUCCAACGCCAUCCCCAAGUCAUUGGUCUGGAUGACCCACCAGGCAGGUGGGUGUCACCUUCCCUCCCGAUGGGUGGGAGGUUUGUGGGGGGAUGUGAUCGGGAACCCGUGAUGUUUUGUGGAACAUGUGUCUGUGGCCUCUUCACCUGUUGGGGCUCCCGCUCAACCGGGCAACCAGGCAAGAGCACGGAUGGACUUUUCGAAUUUUCUCAAUGCAGAGGGAAGGCAGAACACAAGGGCUUUGAGUCAGGCCUGGAUUGGGGUCCAAGCCUUGUCCCUAGGAACCGGUGGAUCUCGAUUUCCUUGUCCAGAGAGUGGAGGAAGCGAGUGCGUGGUUUGCCAGAUUGUCACUCAGGAGAGGCGGGGUGACCUCACACCACUCCCAUCAUUGUAGCUCGAAGCCUGGGCUCUGCUGAGAUUGGGGGGUGGGCGGAGGGAGCAUCAGGCCGCAGCCGCGUCUCCUCUGUACUGUGAAAAUAAGCUCGCCGUGUGACAGUUUUGCCCAGGCCGGAAGCUGAAGGUUUGUGGGAUGUUAGUACCCUGUCCUCGGGGCUCAUUCUUUGGAGGAGUGUAGAGUAGAGAGGAAUCCACCAGAAGAUCUCAUUGCUCAGGAAGAGCAGAAGGUGCUUAGCACAUCGCCCCCUCCCCCCUUCCUUGGGCAGCAGGGUGAGGUUGGCUGUAAGCAGGUGCACUUUGCUGUCAGGGCCUCACGGGUGUCAGUGCCCACUCUCUGGUCCAGGCGACCCUCACAGCAGCCCUUUCUACAGACGAGAAGGGGGGCUGCCUUUUGGGCCUGUGUCCAUCUCCUCUGGCCUGAGGCUCUGGGCUAGGUGCUGGCUGGUGUCCCCACAGCCAGCCACUUGACAGGGGCCAGCCCGCAGCCCUCCAUCCCCACUCCGUCCCCAUGCUUCUAGCCCCUGGUCUGUGCUCUUUUAUUCCUAUGUGUGCAGUUUUGUUAAAUCCAGGGUUGUUAGGGGUGUGGGUGUGUGUGUUUCUCAAUAAAAUAUCAGGGGCAUCUUCCUCUGUUAAUACAGAUAUCUAGAACCUUUGUUAAAAGUUGGGACAUAAUCCACAUUCUCUCUGAUCCAUCCUUUAAAAGUGUCCUAUUCGGUGGUUUUUAGUACAUUCACAAAGUUGUGCAGCCAUCACCACUACAUAGUUCUAGAACAUUCCAUUACCCAAAAUGAGGCCUGUGCCUGUUAGCUUUGCCCCCCCCCCGCCUCCCCCAGCAUCUGGGAUCUACUAACGCACUUUUUGUCUUAUUUUGUUUUUUCUUAACACCCUUUUUGAGAUUAGGAUCUACACCUCAUAGAUCACCCAUUUAAAAUGCGCUACUGAAUAGUUUUCACACAUGGGUACGGCGACCUCCACAGUCGGUUUUAGAACAUUCUCCAAGAGAGCCCCAGACCCCCCAGCCGCCAGUGCCCAAUGCCGCCACGUGCCAGUUCUAAGCAGCCACUUCUCUGUGCCCCGUGUCUACUUCCUGUUCUCGUGUAGCAAGCGCAGGUGACUGGAGGCCCAGAGAUGCUGGCGAGUGUUUCGUGGGGUCCCCUCCUCCCUCUGUGUGGCUGUAUUUGACCCAGGUUCCUUCCCACGGCCCUGGGCACCAUAGGCUCCGGUCGCAUCAACCAGCACAGCGUCCUAGAAAAGAAAAUCUUCCCGGAGAGUCCCCAGCAGCCUUGGGACCCCGGGCCGCCAGGAGCUCUCCGUGCUGGGCGCCUGGGCCCAGGGGAACAGCACGGUCUGCAGCCGCAGCCCUGCCUGUGCGGAGCUCCUGGUGGGGGUUCCCAGAGCGCAGCUGGCCACGCGCUGGGGUCCUGGCGUCCUAGGAGGGGCUUCCUUCUGGCCGUACCAGGUCCCACGACCCUCCAUUGUCCCUAGCAGAGUGGCGGGGGCGGGGAGCAGACAGGCAGUUGCUUGAAUCGGGGGCUCAUCCCAGAGCCUCUUCCGGGGAGAGGAACAAAAUAAACCCUCACCGAUCUCAGACUGAUGAGCUGUUACCGAGAGUGACUGCUCAUCGCGUUGGCAGCAGUGACGUGCUUGGAGAGGCACCAGGCCUGCUGGGGACCACACAAGUGUAGAGGCGAGCCGCAGACCGCACAGCCUGCCCGCUUAAAGUGUGCAAGCCAAUAGAUUGUGCCCCAGUGGGAAGAAGUUCCGGAGCAAGCCGCAGCUGGCCCGCUACCUGGGCGGCUCCAUGGACCUGAGCACCUUUGACUUCCGGACGGGCAAGCUGCUGAUGAGCAAGGCAAGCCGGAGCCGGCAGAGGGUCCGCUACGACUCCUCCAGCCAGGUCAAGGGCAAGCCCGACCUGAACACCGCCCUCCCCGUCAGGCAGACGGCUUCCAUUUUCAAGCAGCCGGUGACCAAGAUCACCAACCACCCCAGCAACAAAGUGAAGAGUGACCCCCAGAAGGCCGUGGAGCAGCCUCGACAGCUCUUCUGGGAGAAGAAGCUGAGUGGCCUGAACGCCUUCGACAUCGCCGAGGAGCUCGUGAAAACCAUGGACCUCCCCAAAGGCCUGCAGGGCGUGGGACCCGGCUGCACGGACGAGACCCUGCUGUCGGCCAUCGCCAGCGCCCUGCACACCAGCACCAUGCCCAUCACUGGGCAGCUCUCGGCCGCCGUGGAGAAGAACCCCGGGGUGUGGCUGAACACGGCCCAGCCUCUCUGCAAGGCCUUCAUGGUGACCGACGAGGACAUCAGGUGCAGGCGGACUCGUGGCGGGAGGCAUCCGUCUGCUGGAACCAUCUGGGCAGGCGUCCCGGCGAGGAGAUGUUUGAGCCGGCAGCGUGGAACGUGUGUCCUCUCGAACCGAGGUGUGAACACACAGCCGAGGUCAGAGCAGGUAGGGGCUCUCUGUGGGCCCCACACAGAGAAGGGGCCGGAACCGCGGCGGAGCGGCCUGUGGGCGGGCGCCCUGCCGCAGGACUGAGCAGAGCCCCAGGCCCCGUGGGGUGACGCCCGGGAAUAGCCCGCGGCCCCUCAGAGGAGUGCGCUGCCGGGGAGUUGGAGGUAGAAGGGAAGAAUGCAACCGUCCGGAAAGGCUAGAUGGGUGUUUACGGCUGAGCAGAACUUCUAGAACUGGGAGAAGCUCAGUCCCGAGGGAGGGUCAGGCAGUGGACUCGGUCGUGUCUGGAGAGGGGACGAGCGGCCGGCAGCGUGGUGCCGCACGGGCCGGGGACAGACGCGUGCCGGAUCACGUUCGGGCGAGGGAGGGGAGGCAGGCCUUCUCACAGUCUGGGCUGACGGCUUUCUAGGCUGUGGUAGCAGAAGCCGAAAGACCGAGAACGCCGUUCUCCACCUAGAAUUGUGCGCCUGCAAAACUCCCAUCAGCCACGGGGCGAGUGACACUCUGGCCGGGUGCGGUGACCCGACACCGUUGUCUGCUUUUUGUUUGCAAACCCCACUCAAGCGACAGUUCGGGGACUCCGUGCGCCCGUGCGCUGGACCCCAGGGGGAAGCAGACAGGCGGUGACCCAUCGGCCGGGCCUGCGGGGCCUGCUGGGAGGGGCAGAGGC